AGCAUUAUUCACUGCGCCAACUCAGCACUCCCACUCCCACUCCCACUCACUCGCCCUGGCCUUCUCCCUCUCCCCUCAGCCUCUCAAAGCCUGUUCCCGAUUCUGCAGGCGCGGGCACUUUCGCCCGCGACCUUCAUGCCCACACUGGCGCAAUCCACCAAAAUUUGCUCCUCGUCGUCCCGCACUCAACAGAUAGCUCGACAUCUUUCGAGCUCAUCUUCCUCUUCCUCUUCCUCUUCCUCUUCCUCUCCUUCUUCCCCUCCAAACAACAACAACUCUGCUCCGCCACCAAACGCAAACAUGGCCUCUCAAUACACCACCCGCAAGGUCGCUGCCCCAAACACCUUGGAGCACCGCAUCUACAUCGAGAAGGACGGCGUUCCAGUCUCCCCUUUCCACGAUAUCCCUCUCUACGCCAAUGAGCAUCAGACGAUCUUGAACAUGAUAGUUGAGAUCCCAAGAUGGACCAAUGCAAAGAUGGAGAUUAGCAAGGCAGACUUGCUUAAUCCUAUUAAGCAAGAUAUCAAGAAAGGCAAGCUUCGCUUCGUCCGCAACUGCUUCCCCCACAAGGGUUACCUAUGGAACUAUGGUGCUUUCCCUCAAACAUGGGAGGAUCCCAACGUCAUCCACCCCGAGACCAAGGCCAAGGGUGACAACGACCCAUUGGAUGUCUGCGAAAUUGGUGAGCUGGUCGGAUACCCUGGUCAGGUCAAGCAAGUCAAGGUUCUCGGUGUCAUGGCUCUUCUUGACGAGGAGGAGACCGACUGGAAAGUCAUUGUCAUUGAUGUCAACGACCCACUGGCUCCUAAGCUCAAUGACGUUGAGGAUGUCGAGAGACACUUGCCAGGUCUGUUGAGAGCCACCAAUGAGUGGUUCAGAAUCUACAAAAUCCCAGAUGGAAAGCCAGAGAAUCAAUUCGCUUUCACUGGUGAGUGCAAGAACAAGAAGUACGCUACCGACGUCGUUCGUGAGUGUGCUGAGGCUUGGGAGAAGCUCAUCACUGGAAAGACCACUCCUGGUGAAAUCUCCACAACCAACCUCACUGUCAAGCAAUCUCCAAGCCGUGUCACUCCUGAUCAGCUUCCUCCUAUUCCUCAAAAUGAGAACCUUACUGCAGCACCAAUCGACCCAAGUAUUGACAAGUGGUUCUUCAUCUCUGGAGCCGCUGCUUAAAUGCGGAUUUUUGGACUGGACCAAGAUCAUAACAGCAUUUUCAUGAUUGGUGGAAUAGUACAAAAAGUUAUUAAAUGGCCUUUAGACGAUGUUUUUCGUUGAUCGUGCUCGUACUUCAUUCUGUUUGCCGUCCCAUUGGGGAUUGAAAACGGUGAUACGCCACCAAGC